UAUCGUUGGUGUCGUUUCCGCUUUCAAGAAGCGAAGCGGAAACCUGCCUCUUUACUUCGUGUCUCUAUAUCUUGGAGCCCAAAUUGGACGACCCCCUCUCUUCCUCCCAUGGCGGAGGAGAGGGGAAGAAAGAUGGCGACGGCGGCGGAGGAGAACUGGAGGGGUGGAGGGGUCCCCCUCAUCGUGAAGGAGCUCGUCGCCGGGGGCGUCGCUGGAGGCGUCUCGAAGACGGCCGUCGCGCCGCUCGAGCGCGUCAAGAUCCUGUUCCAGACUAGAAGGGCAGAAUUUCAUAGCGUGGGAUUGUUGGGAUCCUUCCAGAAGAUUUUACAGACAGAAGGUUUAUUAGGGUUCUACAGGGGGAAUGGAGCUAGUGUUGCUCGAAUUGUUCCCUAUGCAGCUUUGCAUUUUAUGGCAUAUGAACAAUAUCGACGGUGGAUCAUUCUAGGUUUUCCCAAUAUUGGAAAAGGUCCUGUACUUGAUCUUAUUUCAGGGUCGAUAGCGGGAGGAACUGCAGUUAUUUUUACUUACCCUCUUGAUUUAGUACGUACAAAGCUGGCAUAUCAGGUUGUAGGAUCAUCAAGGCUGAAAAAUAGAGGACCUUAUCACUCCUCUGAACAGGUUUAUCGGGGGAUCCUUGAUUGUAUUUUGAAGAUGUACAGAAAGAAUGGCUUAAGAGGCCUAUAUCGUGGUGUAGGUCCAUCAUUAUAUGGAAUCUUCCCAUAUUCUGGUCUCAAGUUUUAUUUUUAUGAGGAGUUGAAGAUGCAUGUUCCUGAAGAGCAUAAAAAGGAUGUAGUUGUGAAGCUUGCAUGUGGAUCAGUUGCUGGUUUAUUGGGGCAAACGAUAACAUACCCCCUUGAUGUUGUUAGACGACAAAUGCAGGUACAAGCCCUCUCAACAUCUAACAAUGAAGUGGGGAAGGGAACAUUUGAAACCCUUGUUAUGAUAAUCCGAACUCAGGGAUGGAAACAACUAUUUUCUGGUCUGAGCAUCAAUUAUUUGAAGGUUGCACCUUCUGUGGCAAUAGGAUUUACAGUUUACGAUGCCAUGAAGUCAUGGCUUAAGGUCCCAUCCCGAGAUGAAGCGGCUGUCAUUACAGUACGGGCCGAGAAUAAGAGUAACCAUCCAUCAUCCCUUCACUCAGGCUGAUGAAUACUUGAAAUCACAAAGGCCUGCUUUGCUGUGCAUAUCUUGCUUCUGGUGCAGCUGCUUGCUGAUUCUAUACGUACAGUAUAACCUCACAAAGUUGUACAUCUUCAUUUGUUCAAUUCUGAUCUUUUUAUUUUUGAAGUUCAGCAUAGAUAUCUCAUAUGAUGCUGGUAAAUAAUCCUUCAAUGAGCUUAUGCGGCUGAAGGUAAUGAGCAUCGGACAAUUUAUUUUUCGAACGUUACCCACACAGGGUAACAAAAUAUUGAAGCAAGCAAUUCCCUUGUAUUCCUACAGUUGAGGCACUUCAGUCCCCCAUGUAUUGAACUGGUGAUUCCUGACAUUAAUUACAUCAUACUUGGGUUACUAACACACAUCUGUGUACAUCAUUAUCAGAAUGAGCAAUUGUAACGAUAAUUCUCUUCGGUGUACAAAUUUUCACUGACAGGGAAGUAUUGUUGGAUU